AUGACGAUAUUGAAGGUAAUAAUCCCAGAUUCUGUUAUUUAUGACCCUCACAGUUUGUGCAAUUUUUUGGCAAAAAAUCAAAUAACUCGAAUGCUCUUUACCCCUUCACUUUUGGAAAUGGUUUUGGAUACACAAGAUGAAGAAACACUUUCAAGGGCAUUUCAAUGUAUAAGAAUAGUUAUCUUAUGCGGAGAAGUUGUUACUUGUGCAUUAUUAGAAAGAUUUAUUCGUCAUUUUCCACAUGUUCGCUGCAUUAAUCUUUAUAGUAUUUCUGAAUGUCAUGAUGUUGCUGUAGCCGAUUUGAAUGAAUUUUAUAAUAAUAAAAAUGAAAGGCGUCAAUUUGCUCCUGUUGGAAAGGUAAUUGAAGGAGUUAAAAUUUUAAUUUUGGACGAGAAAACAAUGAAGCGUGUUCCAAUUGGUGUUCCUGGAGAGAUUUACGUAGCAGGACCAACUUUAGCAAUUGGUUAUAUUAACCGGCCAGAAAUAAAUGCUGAAAGGUUUGUUCCGUUACCUGAAGAAUAUCAAAAAGAAAUGGGAUCUCAACGAAUGUACAGAACUGGUGAUUGGGGUUAUUUAUUGCCCAAUUUGGUUCUUGAAAUUUGUGGACGUUGCGAUACAACAGUUAGAAUUAGAGGAUACAGCGUUGAACUCCAAGCAAUUGAAGCGGCUCUUUUAAAUUUAAAUCAUGUUCGUUCUUGUACUGUAAUUUCUAUUGGGGAUGAAGGUGAAGAUAAACAGUUAGCUGCCUAUAUCGUUUUGCGAGAUAAACAAAUUACUCGAAAACAAUUGAGAGCGCAACUGAAACGCGUUUUACCAUUUUAUAUGAUGCCUCAAUAUUUUAUUUUUAUGGAAAAGCUUCCAUUAUUGGCCGCGUCUUCAAAAAUUGACAAAAAAGCUCUUCCUUCAGUUAAUUUUUCUCGUGAUGUUGUUGAAAUAGAUGCAUUACCUCAAACAGAAAAUGAAAAGGACUUGGCUAAAAUUUGGAUUGAAAUAUUACAUUUGGGGAGUAAUGGACAUUUGGAUAUACAAGAAAGUUUUUUUGAUAUGGGAGGACAUUCUCUUUUGGCUGCUCGACUCUUAAAUGCUGUAAAUACUCGAUUUGGUUCACAUUUGGGAAUGCGUGAAUUAUUUACAGCUCCGACAGUUUACGCAAUGGCUAAAUUGUUAGAUGGUAGUCAAACAAUAGAAAGAUCAUCACCUGAACAAAUAAUUGAUUUGGAACAACAAAUAGAGGCAAAUGAUUUGAAAGGAGAUAUGUAUGUUUUUUUUGUUGGAGGGUUUUUAAAGGUCACUGUCUUCCGCUAG